AUGGCGAAAUGCUACCCGACUGUGAGCGAGGAAUAUCAGAAGGCAGUGGAUAAAUGCAAGAGAAAGCUCCGAGGACACAUCGCUGAAAAGCACUGCGCUCCUAUAAUUCUCCGAUUAGCAUGGCACUCGGCUGGUACCUUCGACGUGCAAAGCAGGACAGGAGGGCCGUUCGGGACCAUCAGGCACCCGGAGGAGCUUGCUCAUGAAGCAAACAAUGGCCUGGAUAUUGCGGUCAGGCUUUUGGAGCCGAUCAAGGAGAAGUUUCCGAUUCUCUCAUACGCAGAUUUCUACCAGUUGGCCGGAGUUGUUGCUGUGGAAAUUACCGGGGGGCCUGAUGUUCCUUUCCACCCUGGUAGACCGGACAAACAAGAACCGCCACCGGAAGGUCGCUUGCCGGAUGGCUCCAAAGGUUCGGAUCAUUUGAGGGAUGUCUUUGGUCACAUGGGUCUUAGUGACAAGGAUAUUGUUGUAUUAUCCGGUGGACACACAUUGGGUAGGUGCCACAAGGAACGUUCUGGAUUUGAGGGACCCUGGACAACCAACCCUCUCAUUUUUGACAACUCCUAUUUCAAGGAACUUCUUAGUGGAGAGAAAGAAGGCCUUAUCCAGCUGCCAUCAGACAAGGCUCUUCUGGAGGAUCCAGUCUUUCGUCCUCUUGUCGAGACCUAUGCCUCGGACGAGGACGCUUUCUUUGCGGAUUAUGCUGAAGCACAUUUGAAACUCUCAGAGCUUGGAUUUGCUGAUGCUAAAGGGGGGAUUCUAAAUAAGGCAGCGGUGGCUUGUGUGAUGUUAAUUCUUCAAGAUCAGGCUGAAUAUUUAUGCUUGUAA